AUGCUCCUUUCUCUCGGCAGUCUGCUCCUCUUGGGGCUGGCCGGUGGGCAAGCCGACGCAGCCGCUGCCACGCCCUCAUGCGUGGUUGACUGCACCAAUACCUUGGCGAAGCAUUUCUCUCCGGCCGAGAGGAUGCAAACCCUCUGUGACGGCGCGACCAGUCAGCGGGCUCUCUUUCAGUGCUUGGUCAACGGGUGCCACGCGCACACGUACGGCCCUGCCCUCGGGCACGUCGUCUCUGCCUGUUCGGACCUGGGCGUCGACAUCAGCCCGCUGCAUCCCGUCGAGGUUCUCUACGCCACUCAUGCCAAGCGACAAGUCGUUCCCACACAGCCGGGCCCAGUGUUGCCAGGCCCCUCUACGCUGUACAGCACUCAGACUCUCGCGUUCAACCAUCGCCUUUCAAUGGGCCUCGAAUGCAGGGCUGGUGCUGAUGGCCUUCUCACCCUGUCUGUCGAUGUCCCGGACCCUGGCGCAACGCCGCCCCCGGGCCCUGACAGAUCCGGCAACGCAACCACUCGGCUCUCCUCUUGGAGGUUCAGUCGGCAGGAACGGUACUACUGCAUGCACCUCGUCGGGUGCACCAACGUCUCUGGUCAUCUCAAAAACUUUGGCUCCCGCACAGAGCACGGCCUGUCCUUGCCAUGGCCAAGACUCUUCCUCCUCUCCCAGCCCGCAACUCAUGUCUGCAUCUCUGCUCCAAGCCGAGCUCAUCUGUCGUUGUCCCUCGCCGCUGCAACCCAAAGCUCGAGGCCCGGAGAAUCAAGCGACUGUUUCGGAUCUGUGGCCGGGUCCGAGAAUGCUCCUCCCCGAACGUUGAAUGAGCCGAGCUUGACGCCCUUGUCUACGUUUGGCACGAGGACAGCUGGCCCGGCUUCCACUGGAUCCCUUGCAGCAGAAGGCCUUUGCUCCAACUCGUCCUCGAUUCACACGACAUCUGCCGCCACUGCGAGUGCCAGCUGGAGCCUGUCAGUGGCAGGCUUUUCAUCGCACGCGGAUGAUCUCACUGGAUUCAGUUCUGCUACACGCGCUGGCCCGGUUGCUCCCGGUCGCGAGACGACCAGCUGCUCUUCAGACGGCAGCACCAGCACAUCGCCUGUUCAGGAUUCUGGCUCAAGCGCAGCCCUUGCUCAAGUGUCGGCAUCUCUUCGUCAAGCGUCUGCAUCCCUUCGUCAAGCGCCUGCCAAUGUGACCACAGCAGUUUCCUCACGGGCCUCGCUGCCGACGAUCUCGGUCACCCUCACAACAGUGGCAGGCUCCACAUCAUUGUCGGCGCCAGUUAAUCCCACGACUGCACCACCGACGUACAGCGCACCUGAGCUGCCGGAACCCCCGGCCUACUUCUCUCCACUGGCGGCGUACUCUUACAACAGCCCCCUUGCGGAGUAUGGAACCCCCGGCGUCAGUACACUCAGCUCUUCGUUUGUCACGCAGAGCCCCUCCACGCCGACGGUGGGCUUCGGAUCCGCGGGCAUCAUGGGCGCUCAUGAUACCAUGACGACUAGUGACGCUGUGUCAACACUCUCGGGCUCGUACCCUAUUUCGUAUGGUCAGGGGCCUCAGCUCAGCUCUUCUCCAUUGCACACCUCGCUUCCCGUCCACACGGCGGACAAUGGUCACCUUCUUUCGGACAAGGCCGCAAAGUUCCAAGACUUGACUCGCCGUGACGAAGAAAAACGCGCAAAUGACUGGUUAGAUGCGGACAAGCCAAGACCGACCACUGCAGCCAAGUCUUCAGGAUUCGACGCAACGCCGACUGUUGCCAAGCCUGACCACGUUGCGAGCGGGAUGAACAUGACAACACCGCUCACUACCUCUGGCGGCAGGGCUCUGGCUCCCACACUGGCUCUCGUCUGGGCCGCGGUGGCACUGGCAUUGGUGGCCGUGGGGACGACUGGAAGGUGA